AUGACCUCUGAGCUUGCUAACAAGAAACCCAGUCUUUUGUCUCCCCUAGGCCAACACCGCCAGAGGCAUAUCAAGCCCUCAGAAGGCAAGCGAGCAGCCAAGAGGAAGAGAAAAGAAGAGGGCAUAGUAUCAAAGGAACCGGCCAAGAGCGGACGCCCACCUAUGCCGGAGCUUGCCUCCUUCGUUGACGUUGGUCUGAUGAGCAUCACUCGCAACCUAGAAAAGCUUGCAACAGGACAGCAAAGCUCGGGGGAGAUCUCCAGCGACAACACUACGGCGAGCUCACCUACUCCGUACUCUAUUAUCUUUGUCGCUCGCUCGGGGCAGUCGUCCGCCUUCAAUUGUCAACUCCCCCAAAUGGUUGCCGUUGCCUCCAAAGGCUCACCAUCUACCCCUACAACUCGGCUUGUGGGCUACUCGAAGCCAUGCGCCGAGAAACUCAGCGCUUGUCUCGGUAUCCCAAGGGUCUCAUCGGUUGGUAUCCGGGUUGAUGCUCCCAUGUCCAGGGCUCUGGUUGAAUACGUCCAGCAGCACGUUUCGCCCGUCAGAGUGGCUUGGCUCGAGGAGGCCAAGGAAGCCGUGUAUCGUCCUACGCAAUUGAAGAUAGACGAGAAGAUGGUGCCGGCGAAGAAGAGCGGCAAGACUUGA